UGACAUAACUUCGAGUCACAAUCUACAAAUUAAAAAAAUUAGAAUCAAAUAUAUUUUGUUUUAAUUUUUGUAUUCAUUCAAGUUAUAAGAAAUAUUUAAAUUCUUCAAUUUCUGUAUCCGUUCCUUUAGUUUGAAUAAUGCCUCCAAAAAAAGGAAAGAAAGGAAAAAAAGGUCCAAACCUUAUCGAUGGAGUGGACACUUCCACCAUGAAUCGAGACCAACUUGAAGCUUUUGCCUUGAGGCUUAAGGCCGAAAUGGAACGUGAACGAGAGGAAAGGAAUUUCUUUCAAUUGGAACGGGAUAAAAUACGAACAUUUUGGGAAAUCGCCCGAGAGCAAUUAGAGGAAGCUCGAGCUCAAAUACAUAACAAGGAUCGAGAAGUUCAAGAGGCUCAAGAAAAAGCCGAAAAUGAAAUCCGACAUGUUAUUCAGCAAAUGAAGCAUUUGCAAUAUGAGAAUAGUACGAAAAUUGGUGAAGUGCGAGCGGAAGCUAUGACACAAUUAAAGUUGGCUCAAGAAGAACAUGUUAGACAAGAACAAGAGUUGCUGGAUGAUAAACGGGAGCUGAAGAAUUUAUUGCGUGAAAAAGAUGAAACUACGGAUUUGCAAUUGCAACAGCUUAAAAUGAAGAACAAUGAGGAAAUAUGCCAAGUUACGGAACGUUUUGAAGCAGAGGCAAGGGAUAUGGUUCGCCUUCAUCAAGAAAAGAUGCAACAAUUACGUCAUGACAUGGAAAUCAAAUAUCAUAUGGAAAUGUUCGAAGUUGAAGAACGCAAAGACACCCAGAUCCAAAAACUUAACGAAGCCCAUGAUGCUGCUUUCAAUGACAUGAAGAACUAUUAUAAUGACAUUACACUCAAUAAUCUAUCUUUGAUAAGCAGCCUUAAGGAGGAAAUGGAAGAACUCCGAAAACAAUCUGAACGAAGUGAACGACUUUAUUCCGAAACAUUAUCAGAGAACAAAAAACUCGUAGAGCCUCUGAGCAAAGCCCGUUCUGAAUUAGUCGAUAUGCGUCGCAAGCUCGAACACUAUGACAGAGAUCGCCACCAACUGUCAAGGCUAAAGACUCGAAAUGUCAAUGCUGAAAAACAACUGACUCAACUGAAAUGGGAAUCCGAGGCUUUAAUUCUGCGCAACGAUACGCUUGUCGAAGAACGCGAAAAACUAAAGUCGAAAUUUGAAGAAGUGGUUGUCGAACUUCAGCAAAAGACUAGUCUUCGAAAUGUCAUUCUCGAACGUAAGAUAGCACAACUUGAGAAUGAUGCCGAAAAACGCGAAGCUUUACUCAAUGAAACCUUUGCUGCCUCAGGUUUGAGCCCGGAUAAUAUGAAACAAAAGAUUGACAGUUUGCUUAAGGUAAAGAACAACACUAUCCAGGAGCUGCAUUAUGAGUUGGCACGGGUGUGCAAGGCACACGAUGAUUUACUAGCAACGUACGAAGCUAAAUUGGUACAAUUCGGAAUACCAAGAGAUGAAUUGGGCUUUGAGCCAUUACGGACCGCGGGCAAGAUAAAAUUUGGCUCAGGUCCUGCUGGGCUAGUGGCAAAAAAUCAAUAACAGCCAGAUGAAGUGUGAAUGCUGUGGACUUUUAACUAUUAUAUUGGUCUAUGGUCGGGUUUUUUGGAUGUGGUAGUGGAACUGUGACAGGAAGUGGGUGGAAUAAGGACGAUGGCAAAGAGCCUGAUUGUCUGGUUGUGAAACUAUGAAUGUGAGAGGAUAAAGUAUAUGAAAUAAAUUUUUGUAGUCGACUUUUUUUUA